AUAAACCCGCCAUGCGAGCAAACCUUCCAGUAUUGUACAAAUUACCUGUUGGUACACUAUUUUUUACCUAUUACAACAAAUCAGUUGAUCUAGAUUAAGCUUUAUACUUGAAUAAUUUAUCCCAAAUUAAAAUCUAGAAAAAUGGCAAAAUUAGACGGAGUUGGUCUCGGAUAUUCCUACCACUUGCCUUCCGGCGGCUGGCUUUUAAAAAUCCGAAACGUCCUGUCACAAUUCAGUGACUUGUUUAGCGAAUUUGAUAAAUACAUAGCCCCGGCAUAUCACCACGAUCGAUGUGAAAGAUCGGUUUAUAUGCGCUUAUAUUCGAUGCAUAAGAGGGAGUUUGUUAUGGUGUUUAUAGCAUUUUUUGCCUGUUUUGGCCUUGCACUGUUCAUAGGGAUCGCUGGGCCUCCUAUAACAAGUACAACUGAACUCGACGCUAAAACAUUGUUAAGUAAAGAUAAUCACAGUAAUUCGAUAGCGACUGGCCCUUUUAUAAUGAAGACUCCGUCACUAGUCACCUAUUCGCAGCAAUUGUGGGUCAUUGCCAAACUAUCAACGGAAAACACCGACGACGAGUCUUACGACAAGAGUUUUCUCAUUUCGGUCACAAUUGAGGGUGUAGAUGAGGACCACAAACCUGUGCCAAUCCUCGACGGCCAACACACGAGAAAUAGAACUCGUCACUUAACUUGCGAGAAUCAAAGAUGUGACGAAUUCGUUGUCCUCCACUUGGGUUUCCUGGAUUAUACGCAUUACAUAAUAACUGUGAAUUUUUACGGAUUGGAAGCCUUCCAUAAACGUUACGAAAUCAACCAAUUAACGUUCUAUUUCAAAACCUACAACCCGGCCUUUACCCAAAUCGAGAUCGGGUUCAGGUUUAUUUUCCUUUCGGCGACCUUUAUUGUCACGUGCUGGUUCGCGUGCACCCUGCGCAAGUACCCCAUGUACGACUGGUCAAUCGAGCAGAAAUGGAUGUCGCUACUGCUCCCCCUUUUGCUGGGUUACAACAAUCCGGUGUUUCCGAUGAUGUUUCUGGUCAAUUCCUGGAUUCCGGGUAUGAUCGACGCCAUCGCACAGGCCACGUUUCUGUGCGCUUUGCUUUUGUUUUGGCUGUGCAUCUACCACGGACUGAGACAGAAUGAAAGGCGGAUUCUGACAUUUUAUUUCCCCAAAGUGUUUAUAGUGGGGAUGUUGUGGCUCCCUGCCAUUAUUCUGGCCACGUGGGAGAAAUACAGCGAAUUACAAGACCCCACGUAUAAUCACGUGGUCGACACGCCCACUUUUAACACUCUCAAAGCGUUCUUUUUUAUUUUUGGGGUCAUUUAUCUCGUCUAUUUGGCCAUUUUGAUACUCAAGGCCUACACUGAAUUGCGAUCAAUGCCAUUUUUUGGAUUGCGACUAAAGUUUUUGACUUUAUUAAUGAUCGUCGUUAUUGCAAUAACUUGCGUUAUUACGGUACUACGUUUCGGUGUUGGUAUUCUUGAAGAUAAUUUCGUAGCGCAAUUAUCAACGCAUUACAACAGUUCUGCCCAAUUCAUGUCUUUCUACGGACUGCUCAAUUUUUAUAUUUAUACAAUGGCGUACGUCUACUCGCCUGCUUACAAGGCCGUUCAUGAAUUUGAUAUUACGAAAGAUAAUCCGGCGUUUUCUAUGAUAAAUGACUCGGAUGAGGACGUUAUUUACGGAUCAGAUGAGGAAAGUAAACGACCGUUAAACAGGAGCAGGAAUGAUGAUGAUAGCGAUUAGAUUUGUUUCUAGGGCUACAUACAGCCUGUUCCGUCUAAACCCUACAUUAGAAGUAUUGAAAGUUCUAAUGAAGAUAUUUAUUUGAAAGUCGGUAGUCAGCCAUAAUCCCUUGAGUUCCGCACAACGAAAAUAUUUUCAAGAUGGCGGCAUUUUCGGUUAUAUCGGAAGACGCUAUCAACUUCCUUGUUUUAAAUGGAAAAUUAUAUGUUUUACUGCGUUUUUGUAUUAAUUGAGUUAUUUUACGUCCGUUUUUAUCAUACUUAAGUUUAACCGUUUUCGAGAUAUUUGAGAUUUUUUGAAAAUUUCUGGCAUCUGUCAUUUAAAAAAUUGGUAACUCUUGAUUGCAUACAAAUUUUCAGAUGACAAUCAUUAUUAGAACCACCAAUACUUCUAAUGUGGGGUUUAGACGAAACAUCCUGUAUAUUCAAAUUUAUAAAUGUUUGAUACAUCAUCUUUUACAAAUGCAUGUUGCUAUAUUAGAUGUUGUUACUUAUUUGUUUAUUUAUUUACGUUGAGUUUAGUUUAACUGUUUGAUGUGCGUAUUUAGGUGUAAAUAAAAAAAUAAAAACGAAAAACAA